AUGAAUCUUACUGGAAUGGUUACUAACCCGAAGAUUCAUCGUCGUCUUCAUCUCAGCCCGAACACAUCCACUGACGGACAUAGGCCUCCCCCAAAUGAUUUCCACGACAACCAGUCUUGUGCAUCCAUUGGACUGGACUGGAAUUGUUUCGAUUUGAAACCGAGCGCGAUUUUUAAUAAAUUCCCGAGAGUCCGAUUAAAAAUGGAGAUAGUAGAGAAGGGAGGGGGAGUGGGUGGUGGGUGGUACCGCGAAGGCAAUAUCGGGAGCAGUGGAGCAUACCCGGCAAGACAUUUGCAUCCUUCUAAA